AUGUGGAUAGGGAGAUUUGUAUCAAUCCUUGCCCUCUGCGGCCUGGCCAGAGGGACAAUACUCCAGAACGGUCAAGUGAGGGUCACAGAUUACCCUGAGACGAAAGUCGACGCCUCGGCGUAUGAUUUCCAGACGUACGACGCGAACGCCACCGAGAUAUCCUACAAGGGGAGAUGGGACUCGAAGAAAGUUGGGUGGUGGUCCGCCCCUGGGCUUGUCUUCGGCUUCACCGGAGAAACCGUCGCCAUCACCUUUGGUGACCUGACCUCAGACGCCACGCUCAUCGGAUAUCGGAUCGGCGGCAUGGACUGGAACUUCACCAACGUCACCGCGGGCGCCACGCACCUGCUCGUCACGUCCGCGACGCCGGGCGUGAACGAAACGUACCCAGUGAGCCCCCUGACGUUCGAGAUGUACGUCUCGAACUGGGGUUACGGCGUGCAGAUCGCCAGCGUCCACGUCGCGGCCGGGGAGGCGCUGGUCAAGGUCCCGAGUUACAAUCGCACCAUCGAGGUCAUCGGCGACAGUCUGUCGGCGGGCCAGUACACGAGCUUCGAGGGCAUGUCGUCGUAUGCGUACGGCGUCGGCGAGGGUCUCGGCGACACCGAGUGGUCCGUCACCGCGUACCCGGGCAUCUGCGUCGCGGACCAGAACUGCUGGGGCAAUCCGCGGGGGCAGGUCCACCAGUGGUUCUAUACUUCUGAUACGAGCGGGCGGGCGAUUUCGAUCUGGGGCGAGUCUAGUUUGACUGGGCUAGCAUUGGUCUGGGUGAAAGACGCGACGACGGCUGACGCGUUGGCAGACGACCCCGAGCCGUGGGAUUUCAGCAAGCAAGAGACUACACCGGACAUCGUGGUCAUCAACCUCGGCACCAACGACAACAACGCGGCCAACAACGUCACGACGGAGACCUUCGUCGAUGCCUACACGAAGCUCAUCGAGGGCGUGCAUGGGAAAUACCCUAAGGCGCAGGUCAUCGUGAUGCAACUCUGGAUCGGCUUCAAUGCCUACGGCAACAGCUACAACCAGAGCCUGGGCUACGAGCAGGAGCUGAAGGACAUCGUGACGUACUUCAACUCGCACUCGUACCUGUCGGCGCCAAAGAUCUGGGACGGCACGGCGAACACGACGACUACGCUGAACGUGACCAGCGCGCCGUUCGUGCACUACUUCAGCACCAAGGGCAUCCUGCAGCACAACGACAUCGGCCCGCAGUACCAUCCCACGGACGUUGGUGCCGUCAAGGUUGCGAGCCACUUGACCCAGUUCAUCCACCUGAAGUUCGGGUGGGAGCUGCUGGCCACUGGACCGGAGGUGCAACACGGGACGCUGUACUGGAACGACGAGCAGGAUUACUGA